UUAUCUCCCUUUCGAACUCUUUCGUUUGUUUACCAAAUGGCGCCUAACAUAGACAUCGAUGAAAUGCUGAUUUUCAAUAGAAUAUGGACUCCAGUUAAUCUAGUGUGUUCAUAUCAAAAUAAAAGCGCGCUCUAAACGAUUAUUUUUACCAAAAUAAGAAUAGUGUAACCAAUAAAUUGCACGAAUUACGCAUGGCAUUCUCAAACAAUGUCUCACAAUCCGAAUUCAACUUCAAGAUUAGCAGUGUUGCGAGAUUUGGGAAACCAUCUGCAAGUGAAGGCCGAGAAAAUGCGCCUGCUGGCCCGUGCAGAGGAAGGUUUGGGUGAUUUUGAAUACAAUCCUCACUCGACGUAUGACAUGGCAGUCGGACAGCUUGCAAUAAUUGAAGAAAUGAAGCCAAAAUUACCAGAGGGAAAAAUAGAGGAGAACACAAAUAACCAUGGGAAGGUUCAAUUAUCUGAUGCACGCCAGCGGCGUAGGGUGAAGAAGACCAAACCGGGGUCACGCUCUCAUCCUACUGUGGACAUAAAACAAUACAGACCUGGCUAUACUUGGAACAGAGGAGGCCGUAUGAAGGAGCUUCGAAUAAGGCAUUUAGCAAGGAAAUAUCUGCAUAAGUGGAAGAGAAAGGUUUUUGGAAGAUUAACACCAUCUCAAGCCAGGCAUCAUUAUGAGACGCGUCUGCUGCGUCGUACAUUUGGGGCCUGGCAUCUGUUGUGGUGGGAACUGAGAAAGGAAUGGAGGCUGGAGGUGCGUGCAGAGUGCCACUACAGGUUUAUUGUUUAUCAGAAGAUGUAUCGAGCUUGGAAGCUCUUCAUUGUUCAACAAAGAAUAAGAAACGCUAAAGAAUCUGUUGCCCUUCACCAUGCACAGAAAAAGCUGACUCGUAAAUGUUUCGACUCCUGGCAGAGCUAUGUGGCAUCUCGGAGGGAGAAAUCUGGUGCCAGAAAAACAGCUCUGACAUAUCAUCAUAACCAUGUCCUCAGGUAUUGUUGGAACGUCUGGCAGGAUAGACUGGAGACUAUUGCACAUCGACGCCGGCUGGAGACUGUGGCCUUACAGUUCUGGGCCUUCAGAGUACAGGCUCAGUAUUGGCUGAUCUGGCAGAGCAAGAUGUCCGAGCGUCGCGCAGGCUUGAUGAAGUACUACUCUGCCGUGAGGCAUAACAACAUGGGGCUGACGAGACGCUGCUUCCGGGCGUGGCUGAUGUACUGGGCGCGCAGAAGGCAGAAACAUCAGGAGAAAGUGUAUGCCAUGAGAAUCUACACCAGUGGACUGGUUCAGAGAACGUUUUCAGUCUGGUUGUCAGCCCUGAGGUUUAGAGAGAGUGUGAGGGACCGACAGGACAGAAUAACCCGUCUGAGGGAACGGUCGCAGAAACGACGCGCCUUUGUACACUGGAGGCACUAUAUCGAGAUGCAGCAUGAGAAGUCUGCAAAUAUUGCCAUGGCUGAGAAUUACCAUAGAAAGAAACUGCUGAGGCUAGGUUUCUCGGCAUUCAGACUGAGUGUUGCGAAUAAACACUUGAAGGUGAUGAGAAACAAGAUGGCCACACACUUCCGCUACAAGAGGCUGCUGUGCUGGGGUUGGCUGACCUGGCUGGCACGAUGUGAGGACAAGGAGGACCUUAAGCAGGUCACCCAGUGCCAUGCAGCCUGGAUACAUCGGCGUAGGGCCCUCCUGCGCAAGUACUUUCACCAGCUGUGGGAGUACGCUCAGUGGAGGAAACACAGACAGGCGCAGUAUGCUCGUGCAGACGCCCAUUUCUACAUGCAGACGAUGCCCAAGUACCUGUUCACGCUGAAAGUGUUUGUACAGGUCAUGAAAAUCAGGAGGGAGAACAAACAGAAGUCACUGGAGUUCAGGAGAGAGAAUAUGUUGGCCCGCUUCUUCUAUGGCUGGAUCAGUCAGCAGGAGCAGAGUAAGGAGUACAGGAUGAAUGAGCGCAUGGCAAUCAUUCAUUGUGAGGAUAAAACAACCCAAUGUUUCUUCAAGUUGUGGAAGUCAAAGACAGCAGAAUCACUGAAGGAAAAGAAAAAUAUGGAACUGGCUGCUGCCCACUACAAUGAGACGCUCCUGGCUACACACCUGGCCAGCUGGCGGGGCUAUAUACAGGAUCUGAAGAAAAGCCAGAGACAGGAGGUGGAGGCAGCCAGAUACCAGAGUAGACAUCUAAUGAAGAAAUGUAUUCACGCUUGGAAAAAGUAUGCCAUCACAUGUCGUGAAAAGCAUCGCAAGAAUUCGAAGGCUACAAACCACUAUAACCGCCGUUUGAUGGGAAAAAUGGUGGCAAUGUGGUUACACUAUGUUGAUACCCAGCGAGCAAUUAAAGCUCGGGUAGAGAUCAUGUAUCGCAAGAAAUGCCAGCAACUUGUUUGUGAAUUAUUCCAGACAUGGCGGUCAAAUGUUGUACUUCAGAAAUCUGAGAAGAGUUCAGAAGUAGUGGCAGAUAGACACCACAAGUUGACACUUUGUCGAAAGGUUUUCACAGCCUGGCAUCGGUUCUCUGCCAUUCAUGCGUACAAGAAGUCUGAGACCCGCCAGUGGGUGCAGUCAGCCAGACAGCAGCUUGACCAGAGAAUGUUGAGACUAUACUUCUCCACCUGGAGGUCCCGUCAUGCCAGCCAUGUAGAUUUACGCCUAAAACUACAGAGGGCUGUAGAUCAUCAUGGUAACAUGAUCAAGGCAAAGGUCAUGACUCAGUGGAAACUCUUCACGAAAGAGGCUGUACGCAAAACUUUGCUGAGAAAGCAGUGCACAUGGUUCCACAAUGUGCGGGUGACUGGUUGUGCGUUUGUAGCCUGGAAAAAGGCCCACACAGUGGCCAUGUUGGAAAAAGAGAGAACCAGUCUGGCAUUAUGGCAUUGGAGCCUGGGACUACAGAGGAAGGUGCUCAUGGGAUGGUUUACAUGCAUGCUGGAGAGGCGUCUGAAGAAGGCUCGAGUCCAAUCAGCCAUGGAGAGAAGGAGGACACGACUGAUCAAGGACGGGCUGAUCAAGUGGCUCCGUGUAGCAGACGACCUCACAUGCAUGAGGAAAACCUUCGCAGUACAGCAGCAGGCUAAGUCUGCCUAUGAAACCUACCAGGUUGCUUUGCGUUGUGGACUGCAUUGGAAAUCAUGGGCCCACAGAAGAGCUCUGUUAAGAAGUAAAAACAAACCAGUCCAAAAAAGGGAAACCACUCUUCCUGCUUCAAUAACCAAGGGAGAAAAAUCAUUAAAGAAUUCUGAAGAUGUGGCUUCCAACAACACUACUCCUCGUUUUCCAGUUUCCUUGUUUAAUACGCCAAGGGAGUUACCGAAUUCGGUACCACCGUGCCGUGUUGACCUACAACCACCUGCCCCAGUCAAGAUGGCUGCCUCGCCUGUUAGACCUGCAAGUCAAGGUCGUGGCCUAUCUAGAGCACGACCCCGUCAGCCUGACUUCCUGGUCGCCUCCCUCAAGAGAGCAGGGCUGAUAGUGGGGGAUACAACAGGCGUUGAAGCCCAGCCCGGCAGCCAGGUGUCAGGAUCUCCGCUUUCAAAAGUAGAACACCAGCCACCUGCUUCUAUUAUAGAUUCAUCUGAGAUUGAGAAGUUAAACCUCACCAUGCUCACAUCUGUGGGUUCAGAGAGUGAAUCUGCCCGCAGUGUGACCCCCCAUCUGGUGCCCAGCUCUCACGGGGCUUUGACUUCAAAGGCAGGAGAUUGUGAAUUGAACAAGGAACCAUUCAGUAGCUAUAAAAAUGAUGGUGUACUGUAUUCUCUGCAGGACAGAGUUUCAGUCAGGGAAAAAGGCUCCAGUUUGAUCCAUAUGAGACAGUUAAACACUGAUAAAGACAAACAAUCUGUGCCGCUUGUAAAUAAUAACACAGGAUAUAAUGUGCCAACAAAAGUAAUCAAUAAAGUGGCUCUAUUAACUCCAAAUGAUUUUGUUACCAAGACAACAACACAAGUGUCUUUGGAGACUGGAAACAGGAGUCAAGUGCUGACACCAAGAAGUGUAGUAUCUGGCUUUUCCUCGGCUCAAAGUGAAUGUGGAUCCACACUUACAACUCCGAGAAUCGUUUGUGAGAACUCCCAACAUAGCCAUCCUUUUUCAGAGACAAAAUCAUUUCAGAUAAGUGACUUCCAAGAGCAAGUAACUCCUCGUUCUUGUACCAGUGGUUUCACCCCUAGAGCACAGGUGUCUUCCCUUGGAUUUGAUGCUCAUUUCACCCAAAGUAAGCAGUUUACCCAAAGUAGAAAAUCAGCCCAAAGUGAAUUAUCAACUGAAAGCAUUCAAAAGGAAAUUGUUACAAUUCGGAACAAGCUCAAAGCUUUUGAUCAGAAGAAGAAGAAAGUAAGGACCAUGCAGAAGCAGUUAAAGCAGCUUUCUGAUUGGCUGAGAGAGAUGGAAGGUCAAGGGUCAGAUGAUGAUGAUGUCAUCAGUGCCAGACAAGAAGUUAAGGAACUGACGGCUGACAUUGAUGUGUUGAAGAAAUCUGUGGAGCAAGAGAAGACAACUUGUGCAGCCCUUGUUGACAGAGUGAAACAAUUGACAUCACGGCUGUCUGUUUCAUAGACAAUGUUGAGUUUUUUACAACCAGUUGAUAUAAUUGUCUGUGACAAUAUUGGACUUUCUACAACAAGUUCACUUGGAAGAUAUCUGUUUCAUAUACAAUGUUAGAGGUUCAGAGUUGCAAAAUGGUUCUGGUGAAAAAUACCGCUGCCAGGACUUGGGGUCAGUUGUCCGUAUGUGGCUGAAGUAAAACAUUUGGAACACUUUAGAGGUCACAUAUUUUGCCCAAUCUUAAUGAAACUUGCUCGGAACAUUUUUCCCAAUGAUAUCCCAGCAGAGUUGGAAAAUGAUUUUGGUGCGUUGGAAAACAUGGCCAGGGAGGUGGGGCAUUUUUCCUGUAAGUUAAAGUGAAACCUUUUUAGCACUCCAGAGGUCACAUUCUUUUCUCAAAUAUCAUGAAUCUUGCUCAGACCAUUUUUUAUCAUGAUAUCUCAACCAAGUUGGAAAAUGGUUCCAGUCUGUUUGCUACCAGGGUGUGUGACAGUUUUCCUAAUAUGGCUGAAGUAAAAACUUUGAACACUUUAGAUGUCCCAAUUAUUGCCCAAUCUUUAUGAAACUUGCUCAGAACAUAUGUCCCGAUUAUAUAUUGACAGAUUUCGAAACUGGGUGGUAUUGGGUCAAAAGUCACUAGAUAAAAGAAAUAAGCGUGCAAAUUUAAUACCUUCAUGAUCAAGUUCAAAACUGGCCAACAAGUGAUCAAAUACUGAUUCACUAAGUAAAAUAAAAGAUAAAGCUUGUGGACACUUUAGAGGCCACCUUUAUGGUUUGAUCUUCAUGAAACUUAUUAAUGACAUUUGUCCCAAUGAUAUCUCGGUCAAGUUCAAAACUGGGUCACUAGUGGUCAAAAUUAGGUUACCAGGUCAAAUUAAAGAACAUGUUUGUGAACUCUCAUGAUGCCAACUGUAUUGCACAAUCUUCAUGGAACUUUGUCAGAACGUUUGUCCCAAUAAUAUUUGGAACCAAUUCAAAACCUGGUCAUGUGGGGUCAAAAACUAGGUUUAUCAGGUUAAAGAAAAAGCUUGUGAACUCUCUAGAGGCCACAUUUGUCCAGUCUUUAUGAAACUUGUUCAGACCAAAUUUGUUCAAUAGUAUUAGAGAUAAGUUUGAAACUGGGUCAAGUGGAAUCAAAAACUGGGUCACUAGGUCAACUUAAACAAAAAGCUUUUGAACACUCUAGAGGUCACAUGUUUUGUCAAGCCUUCAAACUUUCAUAGUUGAAUGACCACAAUGUGAAGAUAAAGAAAGGAACUAUAACUGAAUACAGUUUUGCAUGAAUUAUGGGCAUUUGUCAUUUGACCACUGUAGAAUAUAUAUAUUAUUUGUCUGUGUCCAUGCAAGUUUUUCUUGGGCACCAGUGUAUUUGACACAUUUAUAGUUGUAAUUGUGUUCGUAAGGAACGAUUUCUUGUCUGAAUCCUUGUUACAGCAAACAAAUUAUUAGUUUUGAUAGAACAGCUAGAUAUAAUAUAUUUAUAGUUGAAUACGUAUACAUGUCUAAUGAAAUAUCAUGUACAUGUUUACAAUUUAUGCAUGUAGUCCUUAACAUAAUGUACAUUGCAGAUCAUAUUUAUAUUUUAUCUAUUUUGACUGUGAUUGUUGAUGAUAUUUAAAUUAUAUGUUUCUUGCAUAAAUAAAAAGAAAUAAUUACAAAUAAAAUAAGUUCAUUUGUCAUUAAGAUUCUAACAUACAGCAAAUUUGUUGCUGAUUAGAAAAUCAUAUUUCUACAUUACCCAGGAAUGACUUAUAGUAAACGCAAAAGCCCAGUGGAAAAUGGAAAACAAGAGUGAAAACAAUUGUUAACAUGCCUAAGAACGAAGAUGGAAUAGUCGUUAAUCCAUUCCCUUUUAAAUAGAUUUUACCAUUUGUUUAGCACCAGCACCAACCAUGAUUUCUACCCCAUUAAUACUGAAAUUAUUGUUUCAAUAUUACUCAACCUUAUUUUACCUUGAUCUUAACCUAUUUUGAGCUUGGAAAAGCUCAAAUGGACCAAUUGAUAUUUUACUGGCUUUCAAGCAGUAACACAUUUUAACAUAGCCCUUUGGAUGCUUGCAGCGUUAUUGCUUUACAGUGCAUAGAUACAACAUGCCGAUCUUAUCCACUGCUACGUGCUUAUGUGUUUUUCCAGGUUAUCUGUCUUUAUUUAAAAAUACAACAGCCCUACCGUCGUCCUUGCCAAAAACGCUGUGAGCACAUUCAGCUGCCAUUGCCACUUGUUAUUUGGUGUAACGUGUGUGUGAACAUCUUUACAUAGAAUUAAAAAAAUAUCGGAGGAAUUUAUUCUUUAAGAAAUAUUACUGCUCCAAACAAGAGAAUAUUUUCAAUUAUUUGUUUAAAUCAUAACAAUUGGAUAUAUUUUCAUAUGUUCAUAUUUUUAGAAGUAAUUACUACCUAUUUAAAAAAUAAAAACAUUUAUGUUUUGCUUUUAUGCGGUUAUUUGAAUUAUCCUUUUAAAUGAUAAAAAGUUGUAAUAGUUGCAGUCUUAUUUUAUAUAAUAGAUUAAGAGUUACUAUGAUAUAAAAUAUACAUACCAUAA